AUGGACAACCCUCAUGAUUAUCUGAUCACCAGUCCCUCUCGUCCAAGACGUCCUACUGAUCCUGACUCUUCUGCUAGUUGGGUUAUGCUGAACCAAGGAGGCUUUGUCAAGCUUGGAAACGAACGAAUACUCCUCAAACUUGAUUCAAGAAUAUCAUGCGACCUAUCUGUGCCCCAGGAACUCAAGGCCCGAUGUACCCCGUUUCAGUGUAAGAGCGACAAGGGCACAUUGUUCCUCACUAAUAAGAGAAUUGUAUAUCUCCCCUCCAAGCCCACACAGGAGCCAAAAUUUGAAUCCUUCAGCGCCCCGAUUCUCAAGUUCCAGGACUCUAGUACAUCAUCGUCCAUGUGGUGGGGUUGGGUGUGGAAGUCGGAUUGUAUUCCCGUCUCUGGAGGAAACAUUCCGCCUGACCUGCCAAGAAUAGAAGUGAAAUUCACCUUCUCCGAUGGCGGCAUGAUGGAGUUCAAUGAAACAUAUAUACGGCUCAGAGAACGCUUGUUCCAGUACCAGGAAAUGAGAAGGGAGAUGGGCCCCGGUGCCGAUAUACCAGAUGAGCCUUUACCCGCAUAUGAGGGCCCUGGUACAAAUCCACCGGAAUCGACGACAACACUGACCGUUCCACGGACCAAUCGGUCAGACAGCUCCUCCAGUCGCCGGGCACCCGAUGAACCUCCACCUGGCUAUGACGAAGCGCAAGCACAGCAGAUCAGUAUGCGCCUAGAAGACCAUAUUCGGGGAGAAGUGGAUCGAGGCGCCACGGACGAGUGA